AUGAGUGCACAUAAUGCAACUUCUAACUCUUGUUCUUCAUCAUCAGAGUUUGAGCCUCCUCCUAGCCAUGAAGAUCUUGAUCUUAAGUUUAAUAUGAAAUCUUUACUUGACGAUAUUAAAGCUGAACAAUACUUGGAACCAAGGACUUAUGUAUUAGGAAAAGAAGCAGUAAGUGUCACGUUUAGCCGAAAUAUGAAUUAUAUUAUAGGAGCCUUGAAAAGCGGAAAUUUGUGGAUUUAUGACAAAAAAGAGGAAACAGACUAUAUACUUACUUAUAAUUCGAAUUAUGUAGGCAAAAUUAGAUGCACACAAUUAAGCUAUUGUAAAUAAAUAGAUUUUUUAUUUAAAAUAUUGAUUAAAAUUGUGUAAAAAAUAAAUUAAUAUAAAAUCAUGAAAGUGAGGAUAUCAGAUGAUGGAAAGUUGCUAUUUGGAGGCACAAGCCAAGGUUUUAUAAAAAUUUGAAACCUCGAAAACAACAAAAUAGACCCAGUUGAUAUAAAUUUACAUAACGGGCCUAUAACUUCUAUUUCUUCAAGCUAUAAUGGCCUUCACUAUUUUAUCGGUCACCGCUCAGGUAUUAUAUCUCUAUGAAACCUCACGGAGUAUAAAUUUUCCUCACUCGCCCUAAUUGGCUAGCGAGCAAAACCAUUGGAAAAAUUGGCCCCAACCAAUAUAUUUAGACACAUUUAAAUGAUAUUUUUCUAAUAUGAAUUAAUUUUUUUAUAAAUUGGAUUUUUUAAAAUUUAAUUUAAUGUAAUUACUUUUGGGAUUUUCCCAUGGAUGGCGUUAUUUUGGCCUUGAUUUUCCCACUGGGAAAAUUUUUUGGUUUGACCAAACCAUAAGGUACUGGUCGAACCGAAAAUUUUUCGGUGGGAAAAUCAAGGCCAAAACAGCGCCAUCCACAGGAAAUUGCAAUAGUUUAUCAGCUGCUUAACAGCUCAAAUUUUCUUUAUACAAUAAAAAAUUUUUUAAAAAUUAGAUGGUAAAAUAUUUUUGCUCACUAAUUAAAGUAGGAGCUCAUAUACAUAAAAUGGCGGACGGCGACCGACCCACCCUCUCAGUGGUGGUUACCCAUGUAUAUCCAGGCAUGGUUUUUGGAGCCAGGAGUUUAGCCCAACAACGUCUGGGACCUCGAAGCGAGAGGCCUAAGCGCAAAAGCCGCUGUUUUUGUGACCAGACCCAUGGGCAGUUACUCGUGACUUCUUUUUGCCAGCAGCGCUCAGCCCAGUGAGUGCCCGAAAUGAGGCAGGGCGACUUACCUGCCUAAGCUGCUUUUGUGGCUCGCCCCGAAUGGCGAAAGCUGUUGAGUUUUUUCUCGAGAUGACCGGAAAAGAGGGGAGGGAAGGUGAGUUAGACAACUAAAUGGGGAUCUCUCCAGUUUAAAAGGUGCCCUGCAAUGGGCAGAUCUGGCGGACGACGCGGCAGUGUGUUGGCGUAAACUUAGGCGACGAUCCAAGUUGGAAAUGGAGGCGGUCAGCAAAGCCGAUAUGAGACGGCCUUGACAAUGCCUCUACCGAGAAACCGGGGAUUUCGGCCCGGGCUUGGUGAACGCUCUGCCACCAUACGGGAAACCGUAGAAUGCUUCCUCAGACGUAGUGGGGACCUUAAAUACCUAGCGUUAAUCUAAUCUAAUCUCUAAAGUAGGAGUCAGAAAUCAACGAGCAUCAAGACGCGAUUAACUGUUUAUUAAUUACCCACAACAAAAAAUACCUCAUAUCUGCAGGAAAAGACAGAGAAAUAAAAGUAUGGAACACAAAAGACCUUGCUUUAAAUGCUGUGUUAGAUGACCACGAAGAGCCAAUUUACUGCUUAGAAAUGUCACAGGAUGAUAAAUUAUUAUUUUCUGGAGGAGAAGAUCGUACUAUAAUAGUCUGGAAUUUCCCUGCAAAAUCUCAAAAAUUCAGACUUAAUGGUCAUGUCUCUAGAAUCCUAAGUUUAAAGUUGACGUCUGACUGCCAGUUUUUAUUUUCUUCUGGGCUUGAUAAAUCUAUAAGGGUCUGAAAUAUUCAGUCAACUAGUGUAAUUGAGCCCGCUCUUUUAGCAGGUAAUGAAAUUAAUGUAAAAGGACUAGCUUUAGCUCAAGAUAACUCAGUCAUUGUAAGUGCGUCCAAAGUGGGGGUGAGAAUUUGGAAAUUAAAUCAAACUUAUGUGGAUGAAAAUGAAAAUAAUUUCCAUGGGAGCAAAAUAUUGAGCAUUUCUCAGGUCGAAAAGAAACAUGCAGAGUCGGUAUUUGCAGAUGAAAUAAUAAGAUGAAGGCUCUCAAGUCAUAAAAAAGGAAUAAGUUUUAACUUUUUGUAUUUGAAUUUACAUUAGUAAUAAUAUUUUUUUAAAUAUAUAAAUUUAUUUUUAUCAUAAGAUAUGCAACUCCAUAGAAUAAUAUCCAUUUCAUUAAUUUAUAAUGAAAUUAUAAAAUUUUUAGCUUAAAAUUGCCAGUUUAAUAGGUGAUACCAUUCACAAAUUCAAAUAAAAAUUUAUCUAUGGCAAUAUAACUACUGAUGAGCUAUAAAGAGAAGUAACAUUCAAAAAAAUGCCCUUUGCUCUGCUCAUUCUUUAGAAAAUAACGAAAUCGCUUUAGGCUACUCAAACGGGCAUAUCGUAAUCUAUUCUUAUAUCGGCAAAGACUAUGAGCUAAAAGAACGAAUUGAAGCUCAAGAUUCCCCAAUAUCCUCAAUAAUUUUCAAUUCAAAAUUUCUAGUGUCAGGCUCUCAGUCUGGGAAUAUUGUUUUUUCGAGAUUCGAUAGCAGCUCUCGAAUUGUGCUGUCUUUACAUAAAGCAAGUAUUACGUCACUAGUUCUAUACAAUAAUGAUAGCAUGAUAUUGUCAGGGAGUGAGGAUAAAAAAUUAUGCUGCUGGGAUAUAAUCUCUGGGAGUGGAACUCUUUUCCCUGUUAUUCAUAAAGAUCGUAUUUUAAGCUUGGCCAUUACAAAUGAUGAAAUUUAUGCUGUGACUGGAAGCGCUGAUAAUAAUGUAAUUUUAUGGAAUCUUAAUGAGCGUAAAGAGGUGGUUACUUUGACAGGCCAUAGUAUGGAUGUUAAUUCAGUUAUGACGUAUGGGAAUAAAUUUAUUAUUUCUGGAGGAUUAGAUAAGCUGGUUUGUAUUUGGUCAAUUAAAGACCAAAUUUUGCUGUCAAAUAUUCAUGUUGAGUCUAGUAUUACUUGUAUGGCGUUUUCGAGGUUAAAAAAAGAAAUUUUUAUAGGAGGGAUUGAUGGGAAAAUUUAUACUUUAUAAUUAAAGUUGGUAGAGAUUAAGGAAUAUUAUUUCCUAAUUUUAUAAGAAAUAGAGCAUUUAUUUAUAAUUAUUUCAAAACUGUUAAAAAUUAACGAAUAUUCAAUUAAUAAUCCUCUUAAUACUCAAACACCUAUGCACGUGUGCCCUUAUAAAUAUUCCAUACUUUUUCUACUUUUUAUAAAAAGUGCUUUAGAUAAAAAAGUUGAGUUUUUUGAUGGUUAUUGAAAAGAUUAUGUAUUUUAUCCUAUGAGAACAAGUAUCCUUAAUAUUUUUUGCCAUGAAAAAAAUGCAAGUUUGCUUUUAGAAGCAAUAAAGUCAGGUGCAAAAUAUUUUGAUAAUUCCAAUUCAGAGCAUCCUUUAUUAAUUGCUCAUCAUAAAAGGAAUCGUCAAUGCACUGAAUUUCUAAUAAAAAAUCUUCCAAAACAUUUGCUGAUUAACAGCCCACAAAUUUAUUUAUAUAUUGAGCCAAUGUUGAAAAAGUUAAAUAAAACAUCAGUUGAGUCUCUGGCUAUAGUUUAUGAGCAAGCUUACACACAAGUGACUGGGAAACAUUUGCCAGAAUGAGGAAUAAUAAAAGGAAAAUCCCCAAUUCUUAUGAAGACAUUGACAAAUGAAAUUGACCCAGCCAAUUUUGUAACCUCAAAAGCUAUGCUCACUGCCCAAAAGCAAAAAGGGAAAAAAAUUGAUAUAAUUAUAUGAGAUAAAGAAGAUGACGAAUUCCAAUGGGAUGAACAAGACAUAGCAUUUUUUUUAUCUAAAGUAAAAAUCCCACUAUCAUUAGGGAAUAAAACUAGCAUUACAUUUUUAAGAUCCUUAGUUAUGUGUAAAAAUGAAGAAAUUUUUACUACGAAUUUAAUCAAAGGGAUGAUUGAGUAUAAAUGAAGAAGAGCUGUUUGGAUCAUUUUUUUGCAAUUUAUUCUUUAUCUUAUUAAUAUUGUUUUACAGCUUUUACUAGUGUUUCAAAGUAGUGUAAAUGGCUAUUUUCAAGUCGCUCUCUUUAUUGCUAAUACAUUUUUUAUGUUUAGAGAAGCUCUUCUGUUUACAGCCUCUAUUAGAUACUAUAUUCGAAUAUUUUGGAAUGCCUUAGAAAUAGUAAAAAUUGUUGUGAUUUAUACGUAUUUAGGCGUUGCUUAUUGAUCAGAUGAUGAUUACGCAAAAAAUCGAGUACUACUUCCUCUGUCAAUUAUGAUUACAUGAAUAAGAGGUUUUGGAUAUUUCAGAAUAUUUAAAAAAACUAGAGUUCUGAUGAGGCUGAUUUUUGAGGUCAUUAAAGAUAUGGGCCCAUUUACCUUAGUAAUUAUUACAUCAUCUGUCGUUUUCGGGAUCAUAUUUUACGAUGUGGAGCUGCUUCCUAACUUUGGAGAUAAUUUAGCAAAAGCUUAUGUUGUUGCAUACGGAGAAUUCAAUCUUGAUGCAAAUUAUACUGGUUGACAAGAUCUAAUGUAUGUUUUGGCUUCAUUACUGAACACCUUGGUUCUUUUAAGCUUGAUUAUUUCACUUAUGGGAGACACUUAUGAUAGAGUAUCAGGAGGCAUUGACAUUGCUGAAACCAAAGAAUUCGCAAUGCUAAUUUUGGAGAGUGAAACCCUUUUGUUUUGGAAAAGAAAUAAUAAGGCGCCGUUAGCAUAUUUACAAGAAUGUAGCUUGGAAAGAGAAGCUGGAGAAGGCGACCAAUGAAAAGGGAAAAUUAAUGUGAUAAGAAGGCAAGUAAAAGUUACAGAAAAUUGUUGUGAUGAAGCGCUAAAAGAUAUUAGUUCUUUUAACAAAUUUUUCCAAGAAUUCCCUAAGCUAAUUGGUGCAAAAAUGGCAAAACUUAUUAAGAAAAAUUCUUUAGAAAAUAAUGAAGACAUGGCAAAAGAUGAAGAAUAUUUUAUGGUUGCUUUAGCGAGAAUUCAGAAAAAGUUUGAAGAGCUUGAAGAGGCCAAAAAUAAUAUUUCUGUCAUUAAGAAAGAUAUGGGAGAGCUAAAAACAAAAGUAACAAGAAUAGUAUCUAGAAGCAACACUCACGAUGGUGAAAACGAAUAA